AAAAAGGAAAAAAAAGAAGAGUGGAGGACACGAACACACACACACUCACACAGAGAAGCCUCUUUUCUCGGUGCCUGCACUUAUGCCUGGUGCAGCUCUUUCCCAGCCGUCCUGCCAACCUGCUGCCGCCCGCCGCCCGCGCUGCCCCGGAGGAGCCGCAGCUCAGCCCCGCACCGGUACCCCGGGCAAGGGGACCCCCCGCUCCCCCCGCCGCACAGAGGGGCCUCCUCCGCGGGGCUGCAGCCACGCACGGAGCCAGGGCAGAGCAUGGCCCCAGCCCUCCCACUGCUGCUGCUCUGGGUGUUUGCCCCCUCGGUGGUCCCGCAGGUGUUUGGCCCCGGAGAUGGCACAGAGGACCUCAAGGCUCUGCAGGUCUCCAUCCCACGCCACCCAGCCCUCGACCCCGUGCUGGCAGGCGACAUCACCAUCCCCUGCCUCAUCACCUACCUUGGCCCCCAGCCCACUGCUGGCACGGGCGGCCGCCGGGCUGUGCUGGGAACCCCCCGGGUCAAGUGGACCUUCAUCUCUGAGGGCAGGGAGGUGGAGAUCCUGGUAGCUCGGGGGGACAGGGUGAAGGUGAGCGAGGACUAUCGGCUGCGCGCCUCCCUGCCCAUCUUCCACCAGCGCUACACCAACGCCUCCCUCCUGCUCACCGAGCUGCGGCCCAACGACUCGGGCAUCUACCGCUGCGACGUGCAGCACGGCAUCGAGGACGGCCACGACAUCCUGCAUGUCAAAGUCAAAGGGGUGGUGUUUCACUACCGGGAGGGCUCCAUGCGUUACGCCUACACCUUCGCCGAGGCGCAGGAAGCCUGUGCCCGGAUUGGUGCCAGCAUUGCCACCCCCGAGCAGCUCUACGCUGCCUACCUGGGUGGCUACGAGCAGUGUGACGCCGGCUGGAUCGCCGACCAGACCGUCAGGUACCCCAUCCAGACACCCCGCGAGGCCUGUUAUGGAGACAUGAAUGGCUUUCCCGGGGUCAGGAACUACGGGGUGGUGGACCCAGAGGACAUGUACGACGUGUACUGCUACGCUGAGGACCUCCCAGGGGAGAUCUUUUUGGAGACGGCCCCAGCCAGGUUCACGCUGGAGGAGGCGGCGGAGCGCUGCCGGGCGCUGGGCGCGGAGCUGGCGAGCCCGGGGCAGCUCUACGCGGCCUGGAACGCGGGGCUGGACGCCUGCAGCCCCGGCUGGCUGGCCGACGGCAGCGUCCGCUACCCCAUCGUCACCCCCCGGGAGCGCUGCGGCGGAGCCCUGCCGGGUGUCAAAACCAUCUUCCUCUUCCGCAACCAGACGGGAUUCCCCGAUGCCCAGAGUAGAUACGAUGCGUACUGCUUCCGAGAAGGGACAAACUCUUUCCCUGAGGCUGCAGGAAAAUACCAAGCCCAAGAGCCCGAGGAGAAUCUCCUCCAGGAGAUUGUCACAGUGGCAGAAAAGCUGGAGGAGCUGCAGCUGCCCAGAGCACCAGUGGAGCUUGAGUCGCGAGGGGCUAUUUACGCCGUCCCUUUCUUUGAGGACACUGAGCUGGAAAAGCCGAGCCCGCCCCCCGAAGACACACCAGGGCCAGGGGCCCGGCACCCCCCACUAGAUACCUCCGUGUCCUCAGAGGAAGAACAGGGAGCAGCGCCGGGCAGGGGCCCUGGCAGCACAUCGGCCGAGAGCCCGGGCGGAGGGCGAGACCCCAGCCUGGAGCCGGACGGAGCCCCCGGCACAGAGACACUCUCCAUGGCCCCGCGGCUGGGCGCAGAGGGACCCACCGAUGCCCCAGCAGGUGACACGGAGCCUCCCGAGGGCUUUCCUCGGCCGCCCAGCCCUGCCGCCCCCACACACCGCCCCGGCCGCCCGAGAGACUCCAUGGGGCGGCCGGCCCACACUGCCAGCCCCGGGGCACCUGGGCACCGCGUGCCAUGGCCAACCAGUGCCGCUUCUGCCACCUCGACAGAGCGCCGAGAGCCUGGUGGGACCUCGCGGCGAGGCCACAAGCCCGGCGGGACGAGCAGCUCCGUCCCCGCCGCUGAAGACGCCGAGCUCUCCGGAGACGUGGUCGAAAGCCCCGGGGCUUCCCCGCUGCCCGCUGCGCCCUCGCAGCCGCAGGAGGAGGGAGAGGAGCUGUCGGGGGCCCCGUGGUUCCCCUCACCCGCGGCCCCAGGGGACGGGAGCACCGUCCCCGCAGCGGAGGCGACGGCGGUGCCUGGAGGCAGCCGCGCACCAGCCCUGGAAGGAGAGGAGGCUGUGCCGCGACCCCCGGGCGCUGACCGCGGGAUGCCUGCAGCACCUUCCGAGGAGGAGGAGGAGGAGGAGGAAGAGCAACCUGCUCCCUCCGUUGCAACCGUGGAGGGUUUCCUUGCAGCCGUUCCUGGAGAACCAGGUGGCUGUGUCCCCAACCCCUGCCUGAACGGAGGGACCUGCACAGAGGACGACACCCACCUCACCUGCCUGUGCCUGCCCGGCUACGGAGGCAGCAGCUGUGAAAGACCGCUGAGGAGGUGCAGCCCUGGCUGGGACAGCUUCCAGGGAGCCUGUUACAAACACUUCUCCACCCGGCGGAGCUGGGAGGAUGCAGAGACCCAGUGCAGACAUUACGGGGGACACCUGGCCACCAUCCUGACCCCUGAAGAGCAGGACUUCAUUAAUGACCAGUACAGGGAGUACCAAUGGAUCGGCUUGAACGACCGGACCAUCGAGGGGGAUUUCCAGUGGUCUGAUGGGAGCCCCUUGCUCUAUGAGAACUGGCACCCCGGGCAGCCCGACAGCUACUUCCUUUCUGGCGAGAACUGCGUGGUCAUCGUGUGGCACGACGGGGGACAGUGGAGCGACGUGCCCUGCAACUACCACCUCUCCUACACCUGCAAAAUGGGGCUGGUGCAGUGUGGGCCCCCCGCCCUCACCAACGCCCGCGCCUUUGGCAAACCAAAGCAGCGCUACGAGAUCGGCUCCAUCGCGCGGUACCAGUGCCGGCACGGCCUCGUCCCGCGCCACUCGCCCGUCAUCCGCUGCAGGGAGGACGGCACGUGGGAGCCCCCCCAGCUGGCCUGUCGCCCCGGUCUGGCUCAGCCCCGUGAGAACUGAAUGAGUCCGUGGGGCAGCAGCCACCGCCUGCCCAGGCCCUGGAGCUCGCGUGGAUGGGGACAGCACUGGGACCCUAGUGUGGGAUGAAACCUCACUGCUGGGUGUCUGCCUCCUUGUUUGUUUUAUAUCUGUACAAAGAAAUCCCAAUAACUCAAGACCCCCCUCGAAAGGAACCGACAGGGACCUGAAAUGCGGCACAACGGGAGUUUCGUUCCCGGAGUCACAACAGAGUGGAAAUCAAGGGGGACACCAUGGGCAGGGGAUGGUAGUGACGUGCCAGUGUCACCUUCAGCCGCUUUCUCCCACCUCUGCCCCAAGGGUUCUCAUCCUGUGACACCCUGGUGGGGCGUGACAUGGGGACAUCCAAGCUCUGCUGCAGCUCAGCACCGUCCUGGGGUGUGGGGGUGCUUCUGCACUUCCCAGGAAAGGCAGAAGUCACUGCUGCAGGCUUGGAGUUGUGUACGUGUUGCCCAAACUCCCUCUCUGUGCUCCUGUGGGUAUUAAAACCAGUAAAUGGA